AUGAUAGGCUCAUACUACUCAUCACUGAGCUUCUUUCUUCGCACCAUUGUUCUUCUUCUCUUCUCCAUUCUAAAUCUCUUCAACACUUUUGCUUCUCUUACACCUGACCUGUGUCAUCAAGAUCAAAGAGAUACGCUUCUCGAUUUCAAGAACGAGCUCAAGAUUCAAAAACCUGAUGAGGUUCUUGAUUUUGAAGGUUAUCCGAUGAACGUCACUUCUUAUCCCAAGACUGACUCAUGGACAAACACCAACAGCGACUGUUGUAACUGGGAAGGUGUCACGUGCGAUACCAGCUCGGGGAAAGUGAUCGGUCUAGACCUUAGUUGCAGUUGUCUUCAUGGCCGGCUCGAACCAAACACUAGUCUUUUUAGACUGCAACAUCUCCAAACUCUGAAUCUUGCUUACAACAACUUCACUUUCUCACCAUUCCCAGCUAAGUUUCAUAAACUCGUGAGUUUACAAAGACUAAAUCUCUCUCAGACUUCAUUGACAGGUCAAAUCCCAACAGAGAUUCUUCAACUUACCAGUUUGGUCUCUCUCGAUCUUUCUUCUUCUUUUUCAUUCUCUCCAAGUUUGUUGGCCAUUGAGAGCCCCUUGUUCUUCCGUCUCCUUGCUAAAAACUUGAGGAGCCUUAGAGCUUUGGAUAUGAGCGGAGUGAACAUUUCUUUCGAAAUCCCUCACGAGGUUUCUUCCAUGUGGUCUCUAAGAUCCCUACGUCUCGAGGGUUGCAAUAUGUUUGGAGAGUUUCCAAACAGUGUUUUUCUGAUACCAAACUUAGAGUCCAUUAGAUUGGAUCACAAUCCAAAUCUUAGAGGCUAUCUUCCUGAUUUCCUCAUAAACAACUCUUUGCAAAUCUUGAGCCUUGUGGGAACUUCUUUUUCAGGUAACAUACCUGACUCCAUCGGAAAACUCAAACACUUAACUUCUUUGACCAUUCAAGAAUCCAACUUCUCCGGCAAGAUUCCAUCUUCCAUCGGAAAACAACUACAGUGCUGCAACAUCACUGAGUUCCCUGAGUUCUUGAGAGACCAAGCAAACCUACAGACACUAGACAUUUCCAACAACAAGAUCCAAGGUCAAGUGCCAAACUGGUUGUGGAGGCUACAAGGUUUGGAAGUUUUGUUUCUUUCUAGCAACUCCUUAAGCGGUUUCAACGGAUCUUUAAACCCUUUACCUGGAAGUCAGAUCGAUGUGUUGGAUCUAAGCUCAAAUGCUUUCCAAGGACCCCUCUUCCUCCCAUCUACAGUUAUCAGAUACUUGUUUGCCUCUAAGAACAACUUCACUGGAGAGAUACCUCCAUCGGUGUGUGAACUAACCUCUCCUUCAAUCCUAGACCUGUCCAACAACAACUUCAACGGCUCCAUUCCUCGGUGUUUAGAGACUCAAAUGAUGACUUCUAUUUCGGAUCUAAACCUUCAUAGCAACAGCCUCACCGGAAGUCUUCCUGAUAUAUUUACCAACGCCGAGAGGUUAAGGUCCAUCGACGUCAGUCACAACCGUCUACACGGAAAACUCCCUGAAUCUCUUACUCUUUGUUCUGCUCUGGAAGUUCUAAACGUGGAAAGCAACGAGAUCAACGAUACGUUUCCGUUCCACUUGAGUUCUUUGCAGAAGCUACAAGUUCUUGUCCUCCGGUCUAACAAGCUCCACGGCAUGUUACAUCAUCAUGACUCCUCCGUUAAUGGGGUUUGGUUUGGAUUUCCUCAGUUGAAGAUCAUUGAUGUUUCACAUAACGACUUCUCCGGUGCCUUGCCGUCUGAUUACUUCAUGAACUGGACCGCGAUAACGUCGAAGAAAGAUGAUGAUUAUACGCAGCAGGUGAGCUACAUUGGGGAUUUUCAUGACUACGGCUACUACACUUCUGUUGUCUUGAUGAACAAAGGAGUGUCGAUGGCGAUGCAACGUAUCCUCACAAUAUACACGGCCAUUGAUUUUUCAGGAAACAGAAUCCAUGGACAAGUUCCUGAAUCUAUAGGUCUGUUGAAGGAGCUUCAUGUCCUCAAUCUUUCAAGAAAUGCUUUCACUGGUCACAUUCCAUCAUCUUUGGCAAACCUUACUGCGCUUGAAUCACUAGACGUGUCGCAGAACAAGCUUUCAGGUGAGAUACCUCCGAAGCUUGGAGACCUCUCUUCUCUUGGAUGGAUAAACGUUUCACAUAAUGAGCUCGUGGGUCCGAUACCGCAAGGUACACAGUUUCAACGACAGAAUUGCUCUUCCUACGAGGGAAACACAGGACUUUUUGGUGCUUCGCUUAAGGAUAUUUGUGGAGAUAUCCGUGAAUCUGAAAUUAUAGAAUCAUCAUCAGAAGAAGAAGAAGAAGAAGAAGAGGAGGAAAAGUUGUGUUGGAUAGCAGCAGGGAUAGGGUUUGCACCUGGAAUUGUAUUGGGAUUGACGAUUGGAUACAUAGUGGCUUCAUACAAGCAAGAGUAG